AAUUCCUCAGCAAAAUUUCCAAGAUUCUCUAUUUUCUCUGUCUAUUUAGACUAUAGAGUAUACACAAACAUUUAUAUAGUUCUUGUUUUCUCUCUGCUAAUUGUUUCUCUCUCUAGCCCACCCACGAAUCUCUCUCUUUCUCUCUCUACUGGUAAAUAAAAAGAACACUACCCAUUUCUGCUCUGUUCAGCUCAUAACUGGUUGUCUCAAUUUCUGAAAAAACAAAGACACAUAAAAAAAACACACAGUAAAACAGGGGUAAGGGGUUAAUGCACAUGUUCUACUUUCUGGGUGUGUGUGUUUGUGAGGUGAGCGGCAACUUCUAUCGUUUUCUUGAAGGAAGCUCUCGUGAAGCUCAUGUGAAAGAUUGAAAAAGAGAUCUGAGAAAAGUUGAGAAAAAAAAAAUGAACACUUUUUAUGAUAGUAACGGGUCACUCGCUGCUUAGUUUCCCCUCUUGAUUCAGGUGAGUGUAGUGUUACUCCCAACUUUUACUUUCUCUUUCCACCGUUUUUGUCAUAAUAUACGGUGACCCUUUACUUCUAAUAAGCUAUUUAAAGCUUAAAAGUGAAGAAAGGUAAGAGUCUUUAUGCUCUAAUUGAGAUGGGUUUUCGUUUUUGCUUUGCUUGUUUUGUUGGGUAGUAAGCAAGAGUGGCAGUUGGCUAUGGGUUUGUGGAGGUUUUGGAUUUUUAAUGGAUAAUGAUUUGUUGUAAGAUUUUUCUUCUUUCGAGUUUUAGCCGUUACUGGACGUGAGAUUUGUUUAGUGGGAAUGUUUAUAAUGAUUCUUGGGGUUAUUUGAUGGUUUUGGAAGGUAAAUUUGGUUUGAUUUGGUCAUUAUUACUAGGUUCUGGGGCGUUGAUAGUGAGAUAAUUUAAUACUGGUGAAUUGGUAGACAUUUUAAGUUGGACUUUUUCAUAAUUGGGAAGAUUUGGAACUGAUUUGGAAAGAAUGAUGCAUUUGUUGAUGUCUAACCAUAAUUCAAGAAUACUUCCGUGUUUGGAUCAAUAUAUGUACUGAUCAUGACCAGGGCUGUUCGUGACCGGAUUCUUAAGGAUGCAAAUGGAAACAUUAGUGAUCACUUACGAAAUCACAUACAUUUGACAAAUUGUAUUCAUUUGAAGAACCACAUGCAUAAGCAUAGCCCCAUCUUGGCUGAUAGGUCCCUUAUGAGGGACCUUGUUGUACUUCAGAGGUCAAGGUCCUUAAGAGAUCCUUCUGCAAGUCCACCCUCAUGGCAAUCUCCUUCUGUUGUCGAUGCCCUUCUUAAAAGAAGUGAAAGGGAUGCUGUUAUGAGCAAUGGUAGGCGGUCUGUAGGCAUAGAUCGACCUAGGGAUGGCAGAGGUUUAUCUGGAAACUCGCCUCCUUUAGCUGUCCGAUCGCCGUCUAGAGUGGCUUCUGCAGAGAUUAAUAAGCAUAAUGCUGAGAGAAUGGCAGGGGCUCCAAGUGAUCGAAGUAGCAAGAGUGGAGUUCGCGAACGGAGGAGAGUCAGGGGAGAAGAAUCAAGCCGUAGGAAUCUGGGAACUGACUACAUUGCUGAAAAGGAUGAGUGUCCCGAUGAUAGAAAUGAUUUGGUCCACGAUCCUGCUUCAGAGAACUCCGAACAAAGGGGUAGAAUUAGCAAUGAAACAGAGAGGCAGAGGCAUGAUCAUCGAACAAGGACCCUCUCUGAGCAAUUAAAUGAUGUUCCAAUUGACAGUGAUGGGGUAGCUUCUUCUCACAUUCAUGCUCGUGGAAGGCAUAAUCAUAAUGAGAAAAUUGCAGAGCAAAUGGAGGCGACAACUCGUGGCAAUGGCAGAGUAAAAAGGCGUAAGUUUCGAGGGGCAAGAAGAACUCGUACUUCUGUUCCUUCAAGGGAUGCUCUUGCCCACAAUGAAAUGUCUGUGGCCUCAAAUUCAUUAGGUCAAGCUUCAGCACACCAAAAAUAUCCUGCAGAAGAUGGCUAUGAAGAGUAUGUCAACCAGAAUGUAACAAGAGAUCCAAGGAAUGGAUGCGGAAUUCCUUGGAACUGGUCAAGGAUUCAUCAUAGAGGAAAAUCAUUUCUCGACAUGGCAGGCAAGAGUUUAUCUUGUGGGUUGUCUGACCCAAGGUCAAAAAGAAGUGGUGGUGGUCCAAGAGGGGGGGAUGCUGCUGAUAUGCCAAUAAUGUCCGAAUACUCGAGCUCAUCUAGUAAAUCUGAAGCAGAGGCAUUGCCCUUACUAUUUGAUGCUUCAAAUUCGCAGGGAAGUUCAGACCAUCCUGCUUGGGUUCAUGAUUAUUCGGGAGAGUUGGGUAUCUAUGCAGACAAUUUACUAAAGCAAGAACUUGACUCGGAUCUUGCUUCAGAAGCUAGAUCAGGCGAGCAACGCAAAUUUCGCACGCGUGGCAAUAGUAGGCACCAGAGUCUAACACAAAAGUAUAUGCCAAGAACAUUCCGAAAUUUGGUAGGACAGAAUUUAGUUGCACAAGCUCUUUCAAAUGCCGCUGUUAAGAGAAAAGUUGGCUUGCUUUAUGUUUUCUAUGGGCCUCAUGGAACAGGAAAGACCUCAUGUGCCCGCAUUUUUGCAAGGGCAUUAAAUUGCCAAUCCAUUGAGCAUCCCAAGCCUUGUGGUUUUUGUGAUUCUUGCAUUGCACAUGAUAUGGGAAGGAGUCGAAAUAUAAGGGAAAUAGGUCCUGUGAGUAAUUUUGAUUUUGAGAAUAUGAUGGAUCUUCUUGAUAACAUGAUUGUAUCGAAACUGCCAUCCCAGUAUAGGGUGUUUAUAUUUGAUGAUUGUGACACACUGUCUCCUGAUUGUUGGAGUGCUAUUCUAAAGGUCAUCGAUAGAGCUCCUAGGCGAGUCGUUUUUAUCCUUGUAUCCUCAAGUCUUGAUGUCUUGCCUCAUAUAAUCAUAUCUAGGUGCCAGAAAUUCUUUUUUCCCAAGUUGAAGGAUGCAGAUAUCAUCUAUACUUUGCAAUGUAUUGCAACCAAGGAAGAUCUUGAAAUCGAAAGGGAUGCACUCAAGCUUAUUGCAUCAAGAUCAGAUGGAUCGCUGAGAGAUGCUGAAAUGACUCUUGAGCAAUUGAGUUUGCUUGGCCAGAGAAUCUCUGUCCCUCUUGUUCAGGAGCUGGUUGGACUUAUAUCCGAUGAGAAAUUAGUGGACUUACUUGACUUGGCAUUAUCUGCUGACACUGUCAAUACAGUGAAACAUUUGAGGGAUAUCAUGGAAUCUGGUGUCGAACCCUUAGCUUUAAUGUCACAACUUGCUACAGUCAUAACUGAUAUACUUGCUGGGAGCUAUGACUUCACAAAAGAAAGGCCUCGGAGGAAGUUCUUUCGACGCCAAGCAAUAUCAAAACAAGAUAUGGAAAAACUGCGUCAAGCUCUGAAAACACUAUCUGAAGCUGAAAAGCAGCUGAGAAUGUCAAAUGACAGACUUACCUGGCUUACAGCUGCAUUGCUGCAACUCGCUCCAGAUCAGCAGUAUAUGUUGCCCAAUUCCUCAGCUGACACUAGUUUUAUUCAAAGUCCACUAGACUUGAAUAAUGCAGGGGGAACAGAAAGACCCAGGAAAAGCAAUGUCGAGCAUGCUGACAUGCUACACAAAAACAGAGGGUUCCCAUCAAAAAGUAGAGUAGAAAACUUUCAAGCUGGAUGUUCUAGUGAUAUUUACUCCGACGCCAGGAUGAAAGGGGUUCACAUUGGUGGGAAAGGGCAUAAUGGAACUGGAGAAUUUACUCAAAAAGCUUAUGGCGUCUCUAGUGAUAAAAAUAGAACAAGUAGUGGUCAGGUUACAGGUAAGUUGCACCAGGAUAUUGAAGAAAUGUGGUUAGAAGUGCUUGAAAAUAUCGAAAUAAAUGGCUUAAAAGAGUUUAUGUAUCGUGAAGGGAAGCUUACCUCAGUCAGCUUUGGAGCAGCUCCAACUGUGCAGUUACUGUUCAGCUCACAUAUAACAAAAUCCAAAGUAGAGAAAUUUAGGGGUCAUAUUUUACAAGCUUUUGAGUCUGUUCUUGGGUCCCCCGUGACAAUAGAAAUCAGAUGUGAAUCCGGGAAAGAUGGCAGGGCUGGACCAAUUGUGUUGUCAGCACCUCAUGGUGUAUCUCAUAUAGGUACAAAUCCUGGCAUUCAUGGUAAUGGGGUGAGAAUGGCAGGUCCUGAUGAAAUCAGCAGGGCACAAGUGAAUGAUAGCGAAGGUUUAGCAUUUAGAAAGCUCGACUCGAGAGGAAUAGGUGGUAGCGAGAUAGUUGAAGAGGAAGCUUCUCCAAGAGAAUCAAAACACAAUGAUCAGAUCGACAACAAUACACAAUUUGAUAGGCGGAAUUUAGAAAGGGAUUUUCCGGGAGGGAUAAUGUCAAUUGCCAAAAAUUCAUCCACCUCCAUUCCUGAACGAAGAAACUUAGGGGAUAGAAGCCAGAGUUUGAGCUUAGUUAAGAGCAAGGUAUCUCUUGCUCACGUAAUUCAGCAGGCAGAAGGAUGCACACGGCAAAGUAGCUGGUCAAAACGCAAGGCUGUUUCUAUCGCUGAUAAGCUUGAACAAGAGAAUUUGAGAUUAGAAGCAAGGUCAAGGAGCUUGCUUUGUUGGAAGGCUAGAAGAGUCACCCGCCGACAGCUUUCGCGAUUGAAAACAAGAAGUAGGAGGCCAAAGAGCUUACUGAGGUUCGUUUCUUGCGGAAAAUGUCUCUCUGGUAGGUCUCCAAGGUAGCAGUGAAAUGUAUCAGAUUAAUUUCCAGUUUUAGUUCUACUAUUUGUUCAACGUCAGUCAAUCUUUGUUUAGAAGGUCAAUUUUAUUUUUUCCAAUAAUAAAUGGAAGGUGCAACAUUAUUAAUAUAUCUUUUUCUAGUUUAGCAAUUUUCUCUUUUAGAUGUCUACAGUAGCUCUCAUGUACUACAACACUAUUCUACAUUCUUAUAAAUUAUUGGGAAUUCAUUUUUCCUCUUUUACUAUGACA